ACACACACACACCCCAACCCAGACAGCCCACUCCACUUUUCAGACGCCCACCUCCUACAUACUCCCCUCCCCUAAACAGACUUCCACCCACUCACCAUCUGUAGCCUCCCUUCCGCCCCCCGCCCCGCCCGCCCGGCUCCCCCUCCCCAAGAAGCGGACCUGCACAGUGGGAGGCAGGGACCCCCGCCAGACGCUCGGGUCGUGCGCGCCGCUCUGACCUCUGCCCGCCCGGGAAACUAACAAAGGCGGUGCGCCAGCCCAGAGCCCGAGAGCGGCGAGCGGCGGCCGCGGGGCGGGCGAGCUUGGGCCGGGCCGGGCGAGCGCCGGGCGGGGGCUGCUCCGGAGUCGGGAGCAGCGGCGCCGGAGGACGCGGAUCUCUCGCCGCGCGCGCCGCUCGGACGCCGCCGGCACCAUGGGCUGCUGCACCGGGCGCUGCUCGCUCAUCUGUCUCUGCGCGCUGCAGCUGCUCUCAGCAUUAGAGAGGCAGAUCUUUGACUUCCUCGGCUUCCAGUGGGCGCCUAUUCUUGGAAACUUUCUGCAUAUAAUAGUCGUCAUAUUGGGUUUGUUUGGAACCAUUCAGUACAGACCUCGAUAUAUCGUGGUGUAUACAGUAUGGACUGCCCUCUGGGUCACCUGGAAUGUGUUCAUUAUCUGCUUUUAUUUGGAAGUAGGUGGGCUCUCUAAGGAUACAGACCUAAUGACAUUCAACAUCUCUGUACACCGGUCAUGGUGGCGGGAACAUGGACCUGGUUGUGUCCGAAGAGUGCUGCCCCCGUCAGCCCACGGCAUGAUGGACGAUUACACGUACGUCUCCGUCACAGGCUGCAUCGUCGACUUCCAGUACCUGGAGGUCAUCCACAGCGCCAUCCAAAUACUGCUCUCUUGUCAGGAUACAGGUCCAUAUAGAGAAACAGGGAGAGGAAAUGGCUUGAUUGGACCACGGAAGGUUUAUGUGCUGGGAACUUCUUAA